AUGAAGAUCUCUCGAUCUUCGGCCAAGGCCCCGAAUCCGAUGGAAGCGCUGUCCGGACUCCGGAGUCCCGAGCUCCGACCCCGACGGGCGGCAUUCAGACGCAGCCACUCGCCGGCCCCGACUCCGACUCCGAAUGCGAGAAAACAGAAAAAGGAAUUCCCAAGGAAACUCAAAGUCCAACAACGAACCUACAAUCCACCGCCAGCGGAGAUCGAACAAACCAGGACCAUCAUCACCCGCAAGGACCAGAGUACAACAGUAUCGAGCUACCUACAUCGGUCAUUGCCCCGCUUAUCGCUUCCAGAGAUCACGUCCCCUAAAGUCUUCACCUGGAUCGAUCCACAUCAACACACACACGACUCUUGA